CAAACCUGAUGGUGUGGCUAAAGUUAGCCCCCGUGGGCUAGUAUAUAAGGCCCCUGGGGUCCGUGCGUACACGUCAGUCACAUCUUCUUGGCGUAGGCUUCUCUUCUUGACCACCAACAACCCCAAAAACUUGAGAGAUGGCACCCAAGAAGGCCAAGAGGAGGCAGCAGCAGGGUGAGGGUGGAUCCUCCAAUGUGUUCUCCAUGUUUGAGCAGAGCCAGAUCCAGGAGUACAAGGAGGCUUUCACAAUCAUCGACCAGAACAGAGAUGGCAUCAUCAGCAAGGACGAUCUCAGGGAUGUGCUGGCCACAAUGGGCCAACUGAAUGUGAAGAAUGAGGAGCUGGAGGCCAUGGUGAAGGAGGCAAGCGGCCCCAUCAACUUCACCGUCUUCCUGACCAUGUUCGGCGAGAAGCUGAAGGGCGCUGACCCCGAGGACGUUAUCGUGACCGCUUUCAAGGUGUUGGACCCUGAAGCCACAGGCUCUAUCAAGAAGGAAUUCCUUGAGGAGCUCCUGACGACCCAGUGCGACAGGUUCACCGCUGAGGAGAUGACCAACCUGUGGGCUGCUUUCCCCCCCGAUGUGGCCGGAAACGUGGACUACAAGAACAUCUGCUACGUCAUCACACACGGAGAGGAGAAGGAGGAGGAGUAAAAUACACCUCUCUCAAGAUCGCCACCGCCUCUUAGACCCCCGUCCUCGACCCGCCAUCCACUCGCUCCCCUCCUCUCCGACCACUCGGCCCCCUCGCACACUUCCUCUCCUCCCGGCCCGCUCUUCCCGCUCGCCAGCUCACUACGAGAAAGACUUGUCUCAUUUAUCGAGAUACUCAGUGAGGACUGAAGGCUGUGGAGGUUGUUUGUGUGUGAGCGCCGACAGGGGGACACAGGAUUAUUUAUAAUAAAAAGAAAUAAUCUUGUGGCAAUAAGACACUCUCCCUGUCUCUGUCCCGUCUGUUGUUUCUCCUUCUUUUCCCCCAUUGUUCAUUCUGUCCUCCUGUGUCGAGGCCAACAGUGUGUGUGUCGGACCUUCAUGCAGCACGUAUGCAUAACGCAGUCCAGAAGAGGCUCUCGGGGCCUGUGGUGCGCGCACAGUCGCUUACUUGAAACAAGUAAAGCGGCCUGACACAUGUGGUCUGUUAGUCUCAACCUGACACGUGAGUGUUUGAUGGAAUUUGUCCUUCUGUCUGAGUCCAUUGUAAAAGAGUGCGAGUAUUGAACUAUAAUAGUUUUCCUACCCCGCUCUUAAAUACGUUGCUUGUUAUCUUAAACUCAGGAUGAAAGGGAAAAGUUGCAGUGAAAAAUAGGUAAACACAAUUUUCUGAAAAUCAAAAUCUUGUAUUUAUCGGGAAAGAGAUGGUUAAAGGCGGUGAGCGGGUAGUGAUAAAAUAAACAAAAAAAGGUAAAAAGUCUUUGUUUGUGGCUCUUCCACCUCCCGCUCACUGUUGUUUCCUCCUGUUGUGAUCGUGUCUGACUGUAACGAAUAAAGAAGUACAAAUAAAAUCCACCAUCUUUCAUAUCA